UAUCAUUGAAGGGAAGCAUUAGACACAAACAUGGCGUCCAUUGAUUAUGAGCCAAAACUUCUUGCAAUUCUAAGCAUCUCAUUUUUCUUGUCCUGUAUUUUUGUAUCAAGUACUGGUCUUGUGGCUGCACUUGAUGACUCAGCCUUGCUAGCAUCAGAAGGCAAGGCUUUGCUUGAGAGUGGAUGGUGGAGUGACUACAGCAACCUCACCUCACAUCGUUGCAACUGGACUGGCAUAGUCUGUGAUCGGGCUGGAAGCAUCAUUCAGAUUUCCCCACCUCCAGAGUUCCUCAAGGUGGGAAAUAAGUUUGGAAAGAUGAACUUUUCUUGCUUCUCAAACCUUGUCCGUCUCCACCUGGCCAACCAUGAGCUCACUGGCAGCAUCCCGCCUCUAAUUUCUAUCCUCCCACAACUCAGAUACCUCAACCUGUCCUCAAAUAAUCUAGCAGGUGAGUUACCGUCUUCACUUGGAAAUCUCAGCCGAUUAGUUGAGCUUGAUUUUUCUUCCAAUUAUUUCAUCAAUUCCAUCCCUCCAGAACUAGGCAAUCUUAAAAAUCUUGUUACUUUGAGCUUGUCUCAUAACAGCUUCAGCGGCCCAAUCCACUCGGCACUUUGUCACUUGGAAAAUCUAAGGCAUUUAUUUAUGGAUCAUAAUAGUCUCGAAGGUGCCCUCCCAAGAGAAAUAGGGAACAUGAAAAAUCUAGAGAGUUUGGACGUGAGUUAUAAUACACUUAAUGGUCCAAUCCCUCGAACAAUAGGUAGUUUAGCCAAGUUGAGGUCUUUGAUCUUUCAUGAUAACGAAAUCAAUGGAUCCAUUCCUUUGGAAAUAGGAAAUUUGACGAAGCUUGAAGAUUUAGAUCUUUGCUCUAAUUUCCUAGUUGGUUCCAUUCCUUCAACGUUGGGUCUUUUAUCCAAUUUGAUUUUUCUACAUCUUUCUGACAACCAAAUCAUCGGUUUGAUUUCUUUUUCAUUACGCAAUUUAACAAGCUUGACAACGCUAGACCUCUCUCAAAACCAAAUCAACGGAUCCAUCCUUUUAGAAAUACAAAACUUGACAAAUUUGAAAGAAUUAAUUUUGGAUUCAAACAAUAUCAGUGGUUCGAUUCCUAGAACUUUGAGCCUUUUAUCCAAUUUGAUUCUUCUAGAUCUUUCCUACAACCAAAUCACCAAUUCAAUUCCUUUUUCAUUACACAAUUUAACAAGCUUGACAACGCUAGACCUCUCUCACAACCAAAUCAACGGAUCCAUCCUUUUAGAAAUACAAAACUUGACAAAUUUGAAAGAAUUAAUUUUGGAUUCAAACAAUAUCAGUGGUUCGAUUCCUAGAACUUUGGGCUUUUUAUCCAAUUUGAUUCUUCUAGAUCUUUCCUACAACCAAAUCACCAAUUCGAUUCCUUUUUCGUUACGCAAUUUGACAAGCUUGACAACGCUAGAUCUCUCUCACAACCAAAUCAACGGAAUCAUCCCUUUGAAAAUACAGAACUUGAUAAAUUUGGAAGAAUUACAUUUGAGUUCAAACAGUAUCAGUGGUUUGAUUCCUUCAACUUUGGACCUUUUAUCCAAUUUGAUUCUUCUAGAUCUUUCCUACAACCAAAUCACCAAUUCGAUUCCUUUUUCGUUACGCAAUUUAACAAGCUUGACAACGCUAGAUCUCUCUCACAACCAAAUCAACAGAAUCAUCCCUUUAAAAAUACAGAACUUGAAAAAUUUGGAAGAAUUACAUUUGAGUUCAAACAGUAUCAGUGAUUUGAUUCCUUCAACUUUGGGCCUUUUAUCCAAUUUGAUUCUUCUAGAUCUUUCCUACAACCAAAUCACCGGUUUGAUUCCUUCAACUUUGAACCUUUUAUCCAAUUUGAUUCUGCUAGAUCUUUCCUACAACCAAAUCACCGGUUUGAUUCCUUUUCGGUUAGGCAAUAGCUUGACAAAGCUAGUCCUCUCUCACAAUCAAAUCAACGGAUCCAUCCCUUCAUCUUUGAAGUAUUGUAAGAAUUUGGCCUACCUAGAUUUGAGCUUCAAUAAUUUAAGUGAAGAGAUACCCUCCGAACUAUAUGAUUUGUACUCUUUACAAUAUGUGAAUUUUAGUUACAAUAAUCUCUCAGGCCCUGUUCCCUUGCCUUUGCCACCGCCCUUUAAUUUUGAUUUCACAUGUGUUCAUGGGCAAAUUAACAAUGAUUUUGCAACUUUUGAAGCUACUGCAUUUGAGGGCAACAAAGAUUUACACCCUAAUUUCUCAUAUUGUUCUUCUUUUUACGACCCACCUUCAAAAACCUACUUGUUACCUUCAAAAGACAACAGAAUAAUUCAUUCCAUCAAGAUAUUUCUUCCUAUCACCACCAUUUCACUUUGUCUCUUGUGUCUCGGAUGUUAUCUGUCUCGAUGCAAGGCUACCCAACCUGAGCCAACAUCAUCAAAGAAUGGAGACUUGUUUUCCAUAUGGAAUUAUGAUGGGAGGAUAGCAUACGAAGACAUCAUUGCAGCGACGGAGAACUUUGACCUCAGAUAUUGUAUCGGAACCGGUGGUUAUGGGAGCGUCUACCGAGCACAACUUCCAAGUGGGAAAUUAGUUGCCUUGAAGAAACUUCAUCGUCGAGAGGCAGAGGAGCCGGCUUUUGACAAGAGUUUCAAAAAUGAGGUGGAAGUGCUCACACAAAUACGUCACAGGAGCAUUGUAAAGCUUUAUGGAUUCUGUUUGCACCAGCGCUGCAUGUUUCUUGUUUACGAGUACAUGGAAAAGGGAAGCUUGUUUUGUGCCUUGAGAAAUGAUGUUGGAGCUGUGGAAUUGAAGUGGAUGAAAAGAGCACACAUCAUCAAAGACAUUGCUCACGCAUUAUCUUACUUGCAUCAUGAGUGCAACCCACCAAUUGUUCAUCGAGACAUAUCAAGCAGCAAUGUUCUGUUGAAUUCAGAAUCCAAGUCUUUUGUUGCUGAUUUUGGUGUGGCUAGACUUCUCGAUCCGGAUUCGUCCAACCAUACUGUACUUGCUGGUACCUAUGGAUACAUUGCCCCAGAGUUGGCUUAUACUAUGGUGGUGACAGAGAAAUGUGAUGUGUACAGCUUCGGAGUUGUGGCGCUUGAAACUUUGAUGGGAAAGCAUCCGGGAGAUAUCCUAUCAUCAUCUGCUCAGGCUAUUACACUGAAAGAAGUGUUAGAUCCUCGUUUGCCACCUCCAACAAAUGAGAUUGUCAUACAGAAUAUAUGUACCAUUGCAAGUCUGAUAUUUUCUUGCUUACAUUCAACUCCAAAAUAUCGACCUUCAAUGAAAUUCGUGUCUCAAGAAUUUCUAUCUCCCAAGAGAUUAUUGGGAGGUCUCGAGAUUUCUUUGUUGGAGCUGCGAAAUCUUGGCUUGCACACAAAUGUAGGUGAGAUCACAGUUCCUCGCUGAAAAAGUCAACUUCGAGCUCACAUGGAACUUCAACGAGAGCCUCCAAGAGCAUGCGUUUAUAGAAUUUCUUAAUUUUGGAUGAACUUUUUUUCUUUUGUUUUGUUUUAGCACACUACAUGUCUUUGUAAUAUUUUAGUGUGACAUUGUAUGUAAUUUUAAUAAUGCACACUUUUCUUGUGCAUGAUAGCUAGUAUCAAUAUAUAUGAGCAUCAUAUUAAGUCUA